AUGGCUGCAAUGGCUAACCUACGGACUCAGUUCGCUACUGACAAACUUUCUGCGGAACGUUUCUUCCGCUUGGAUCAGAAGGGCAAAGUCCAGGCGAAGUACAUUUGGAUCGAUGGCACCGGCGAGAAUCUUCGAUCUAAGACCCGCACUGUUGAUUUUGAACCGAAGAGUCCAGACGAACUUCCUAUUUGGAAUUUUGAUGGCUCAUCAACUGGUCAGGCUGAAGGAGCAGACUCUGAUGUGUACUUGAAACCUGUGGCGAUCUUCCCAGACCCUUUCAGACUUGGCGCAAACAAACUUGUGCUUUGUGAAACGUUGGACAACAAGAAAAAACCUACAGCAACGAACAAUCGGCAACGAUGUGCGCAAGUGAUGGAAAAAGCGAAAGAUCAGCAUCCAUGGUUCGGAAUGGAGCAAGAAUACACUCUGCUCGAUAUUGAUGGUCAUCCAUUUGGAUGGCCUAAGAAUGGUUUUCCAGGUCCACAAGGACCGUACUACUGUGGCGUUGGAGCUAACAAAGUUUACGGUCGCGACAUAGUUGAAGCUCAUUACCGAGCGUGUUUGUACGCUGGUAUCAACAUCUCCGGGACUAAUGCAGAAGUGAUGCCGGGGCAGUGGGAAUUCCAAGUAGGACCAGUCGAAGGAGUAGCGAUGGGUGAUCAAUUAUGGAUGGCUCGAUUCCUGCUGCAUCGAGUUGCUGAGGAGUUUGGAGUGGUUGCGUCGCUCGACCCGAAGCCGAUAAAAGGAGACUGGAAUGGUGCUGGGUGCCAUACGAACUUCUCUACAGAAGCCAUGCGCGUUUCAGGCGGUAUCAAUGAGAUCAUGACAGCCAUAAACAAGUUGUCGUUGGUUCAUCAUCAGCACAUCGCAUACUACGAUCCUCAUGGAGGCAAAGACAACGAACGUCGUUUAACUGGGCUCCACGAGACAGCGAAAAUUGACCAGUUCUCGUAUGGAGUCGCGUCCAGAGCGAGUUCAAUUCGUAUUCCACGUCAAACAGAUGAUGAAGGCUACGGCUACUUUGAGGAUCGUCGGCCGUCAUCAAACUGUGACCCGUAUAAUGUGAUAGGAGCUCUGGUCCGCACGGUAUGUUUGGAUGGCGACGACAGGAAACUGUCGAUGAUGUACGUGCCGACGGCUUCCAACCAGCGCCACUGA